ACAGGGGCGGGAAGUUGGACUCCUUCAGCCACUCAAAGCCUUCCACUGAUAGUCCUCGAGCGAUGAUUGGACAACAUUAUGGGCGGUGCUUGGUGAGGGCUUUCCGCGACUCGGAGAAACGUCAGCGCGUCGACGCGGGGUUUUUCUCUGUCCCAGCUCCGCUAACCCUACUCCAUGGUAUCUGCUUAUUUGGCCCUGUGGUACCACCAAGAGGACGGCGGUCAUUGUCCGCUCGUUGUCCGCUCGUGGGUUUCUCGCGGUUUCUCCUCUGUGCCUAUCCACCUCUGGGACGCCUCGGAGCGGCGGCGACCCCCAAGACUCGGCCCGAAGCAGCGCAGGGACCCAUCCCCGCUCCGGGCUCGGAUGGGAGGCGGUGGGAGGAGCGGCCUGGGAUGUUCAGUCUAAUGGCCAAUUGCUGCAGCUGGCUCAAGCGGUGGCGGGAGCCGGUCAGAAAGGUGACUCUUGUGAUGGUGGGACUUGAUAAUGCUGGUAAAACUGCAACGGCAAAGGGAAUCCAAGGAGAGCAUCCUGAAGAUGUAGCUCCUACUGUUGGAUUUUCCAAAAUUGACCUUAGACAAGGAAAAUUUGAAGUAACCAUCUUUGACUUGGGAGGUGGAAAGAGAAUUCGGGGAAUCUGGAAGAAUUACUAUGCUGAAUCCUAUGGGGUAAUAUUUGUUGUGGAUUCCAGUGAUGGAGAGAGAAUGGAAGAAACAAAAGAGACGAUGUCAGAAGUGCUUAGACAUCCCAGGAUAUCUGGAAAGCCUGUUUUGGUAUUGGCAAAUAAGCAAGACAAGGAAGGGGCUUUAGGAGAAGCUGAUGUUAUUGAAUGUCUGUCUCUGGAAAAAUUGGUCAACGAACACAAGUGCCUAUGUCAGAUAGAACCUUGUUCAGCAGUUUUGGGGUAUGGAAAAAAAAUUGACAAGUCUAUUAAUAAAGGCCUUUACUGGCUGCUACAUAUCAUUGCAAAAGACUUUGAUGCCUUAAAUGAACGCAUCCAAAAAGACACAACAGAACAACGUGCUCUUGAGGAACAAGAGAAGAGAGAAAGGGCUGAGCGAGUGCGAAAAUUACGAGAAGAAAAAGAACAGAUAGAGCAAGAACAGGCUGAACUUAAUGGAACCAGUGGUCUGGCUGAAUUGGACCCAGAACCAAUUAUUGUUAAUCCCUUCCAACCAAUAGCAUCUGUAAUUAUUGAGAAUGAAAAAAAACUUGAAAAAGAGAAAACAAGGCAGAAGAUGGAGAAAAAUAGUGAUGUCUGCCCCCUGAAACAUAAAAUGGAUCAUGAGCAAAUAGAGACACAGAGCCACAUCAGUGAUAGUAGCCAAAAAAAUGAAUCUGGAAUAGUAGAAAAUUAUGAAGAGGCAUUAACACAGCAGUUGGAGAAUGAAAAUGAGACAGACCAACAAUCAUCAGAAUCAGAUUACAGUAAAAAGAAAACUAAGAAGCUAAGAAUAAAAAGGAGUCACCGGGUAGAACCAGUUAAUACAGAUGACACUGCUCUUAAGAGUCCACCACCACCUCCACCUCCUCUACCUGUUGGCUGGGGAACUCCCAAAGUCACUAGACUUCCAAAACUUGAGCCUCUUGGUGAAACACAUCAUAAUGAUUUCUAUGGGAAGCCACUGCCUCCGCUGGCUGUGCGGCAGAGACCUAACAGUGAUGCUCAUGACGUGAUCUCAUAACCAAGUCAUGCAGAUGAGCUCUCUUAAUGUGGGCAAGAUGAACUGAAGGACUUUCUCUUUCUCAACAAAGAAAAACCCUGAAUAUCGAUGACUGGCAGGAACUGUAGUGAUUUCAGUAGGAAGGACCUAAGUGAUCUGAUAAUUACCUAUUCAUGAUCUUCAUGGUUAAAAAAGAAAGGAAGUAAAAUGACCAGUAGACAGAAGGGGCAUUUGCAUCAAAUUUGCAAGAUUAAAUUGACUCUGGUUUACACCUCCUUACUCAUGGACAUAUUCCUGAAGGAAAACCUCUACAGAAAAAGAGCCAAUGGACUCUGAAUACUUUACUAUUUAAUAGUCUGUAUUUCUAUAUAUUAGACUUUUUUUUUUUUUUUUUUUUUUUUUGGUAAGAUACAUGUGCAUGUAAGGGGCACUUCUAGGAAUUUAUAACCUGAAUUUUUAACUAUUUUUUUAUAUUUUUCGAAAACUUUUGUUUAAGAAUUUUAAUGAUACUGAUUGUGCACUUUUCUAUAGAUGCUUUGUUUAAAUUGUGUCUGGAAAAUGGAGUUUUGAUUCACUUGUCAGUGGUGUUAACUAUACAAACAGGAUAUAUUUAUGUGGUGUUUAGUUAUGUUCUAUGAUAGUACUGUUCUUGAAGUGUAUAUUCUAAUUUGACCUAACUUUAAAAUGUUAUCUUUUAUAAAAUAGCAGAUUCUCAGAUCUUUAUUCUACCAAAUUAUGUUAUUUAAAAAUACUACCCAGAGCUACAGUUCAAUUUUUUGUCAUUGUCGUUUAACUCUUUUGGCUUCAAUAAAUGAAAGAGAUUUGAGUACCUUUUUGACCUAAAUGUUUUUUAAAUUAAUACAUGUUAUGUAAAAUCAUAUUAAAAUCCCAGUAAACAUGUAUUUUAAAUGUGAGAUAGUUUCAGAGAUCAUGGUGCAUCUUCCUGUCACUCCCUUUGUUCUUUCAGAAUCUGCAGUAAAUCUUUUAAGUUAUUCUAAUUUCUUUUAUGGCUUUACAGGCAAAAAGACUAAAAGAGCUAGAGAUUUGUGUAUUACAACCAAGAAAUAGCUUGGGUACUGAAGGAAUAAGAAUAAAAGUAUUGCUUCACAAAUUACUUUCAUAAAGAAAUAAUUCCAAAGUAAUUUCUCAAUUUAAAAUAAUAGCACUUUUCUUGCACUUAAUAAUGGCAUUCAUAGGAUUUUCUCUUCAUCUGGCAUAUAGACAAAAUUUUAGAUAUAUAUUUUGAGUAAUCAAUAUAUAAUGUUGCAUUUAACUUAAAGCAUACAUUUAUAUCAAGCUGACAAGACUGUAAAGAGAAUGAUUACUGUAUCAUCUUGUCAAAAUUAGUCAGUUUGAUAACUUGUACUGACAACAGAUGUGUUGAUAUCUGAUAGUAAGUACUUAUAAACCAGUUUAAUAUGAUUAUUUGCUGUUCAAAUUUUAUUUGAUAGCAUAUUUUAUCCACUUUUUUUUAACUCUUUGAUUUUCAAUAAGCAGGUCACUUACAAUUCUAGUCAGCCUUAAAUGCAUUUUCUUGAAGUUUUGUAACACUAGACUUAACAGCACACCGAGUAAAGAAAAAGCAUUCCAUUUCAGAUGUAAAGUUCAUAACUUAAAUUUGAUAGCUGGUGAGGAAAAGCAACACAAGUAGACAGGACACAAAUUUUGAACUGGAAUUGAGAGGCAAAAAGAUUGCACAUCUUUUUGGUUCCUUUUGUAACAUAUACAUUUACUCAGUUUUUAAAAUGAAACUCAGAGUUUUGUCAUCUUUUUAAUAUUCAUCUAAUAUGAGAGCAAACAUAAUUUGUAAAAUCUUUGUUUUCUACUGGUAAUUAAUGUAGUGUAAAGUAAUUAUUAAAGAAUCUAUUUUAAAUGAUUUUGAAAUUAAAUAUGACAAAUGUAAUAAAUAUUUUAUGUAUCACUCAUAAAAUAGAUUAAUUUGUAUCUUUAAAGCAUCCUAAAAGUACAUUUUAAAAUGUUUUGUAAAUCCAGGUGGCUUUUAACACCAAAUGGCUAUUUUGUUUACAUAGUGCAUUUUUAUUCUUAGUGAUCCUGAAUUCUGACAUUUUCA